AUGGGGGGUUUUGGGGUAGUUUUGAGUGUUGGGGUGUGGAAUUGGGGAGGUGUGGUUAUAGUGAUGUGGGUGGGGUGUGUGGGGGGGGGAGUGUAUUGUGGGGGGGUGUGGGGGGGUUGGGGUUGGGGGGGGGUGGAAGGUUUGGGUUGGGUGGUUUGGUGGGGGGUGGGGGUGGGGGGGGGGGGGUUGGGGUGGGGGGGUGUGGGGGGUGGGGGUUGGUGGUGUGGGGGUGGGGGGGUUGGGGGUUGGGGUUUGGGGGGGUUGUGGGGGUGGGGGGUGUUGUUAUUAGGUGGGGGUGGGGUUGUGGGGUUGGUGUGGGGGGGGUGGGGUGGGGGGUGGGUUGGGGGGGUGGUGGGGGGUGGGUUGGUGGGUGGGUGGGGGUGGGUGGGGUGGGGUGUGGGGGGUGGGGGUUGGGGUGGGGGGGGGGGGGUGUGUGGGUGGUGGGGGGGGUGUUGUUUGGGGGUGGGGGGGGGGUUGGGGGGGUUUGGUGUGGGGGGGGGGGUGGGGGGGGUGGUGUUGGGGGGGGUGUGGGGGGGUGGGUGGUGGGGGGGGGGGUGGGGGUGGGGGUGGGGGGGGGGGGGGGGGUGUUGGGGGGGUGUGGGGUUGGGGUGGUGGGGGUGGUGUGGGUUGGUGGGGGUUGUUUGGGGGGGUGGUUUGGUGGUUUUUUUGGGUGGUUGGUUGGGGGGGGGUGGGUGGGGGGGGUGGGGGUGGGGGUGGGGGUGGGUUGGGGGGUUUGGGGGGGGGGGGUGGGGUGGGGGGUUGGGGGGGGUGUGUUGUGGGGGGUUGUGGUGGGGGGUGGUGUUGUGGGGGGGGGGGGGGUGUGGGGUGUGGGGGGGUGGGGGGUGGGUGGGGUGGGGGGGGGGGGUUUGUGGUGGUGGGUGGUGGGGGGGGGGGGGUGGGGGGGGGGUGGGGGGGGGGGGUGGUGGGGGUGGGGUGUGGGUUUGGGGGUGGGGUGUGGGUGGUGGGGGGGGUGUGUUGGGGGGGGGGGGGGGUGUGUGGGGGUUGGGGGUUUGGGGGGUGUGUGGUGGGUGGGUGUGUGUGGGUGGAGGUUGGGGUUGGGGGGGUGUGGAGGGGUGGUGUGGGGGGGGUUGGGUGGUGGGGGUGGGGGGGGGGGGUGGGUGUGGGGUGUGGUGGGGGGGGGGGGGGGGGUUUGGGGGGGGUGUGUGUGGGGUGGGGGGGGUGUGUGGUGUGGGUUGUGGGGGGGUUUGGUUGGGGGGUGUGUUUGGUGUUGUGGGGGGGGGGGGGGGGGGGGGGGGGGGGGGGGGGGGGGGGGGGGGGGGGGGGGGGGGGGGGGGGGGUGGGUUGGGGGGGGGUUGGGGGGUUGUUGGUUGUGGGGGUGGGGGGGUGGUGGGGGUGUGUGGGGGGGGUGGGGGGGUGGGUGGGGGGUGGGUGGUUGUGUUGGGGGGGGGGGGGGGGUGGGGGGGUGGGGGGGGGGGGUGGAUUGUGGGGUGGUUGGGGGUGGGGUUUGUUGGGUUGGGAUGUGUUGGUUUUUUUUUUGUUGGUUGGUGGGUGUGGGGGGGUUGUUGGGGGUUUUUUGUGGGGGGUUGGUUUUUGUGUUUGUGUUGGGGGUGGUGUUGGGGGGGGGGGGUGGUGGGUGUGUGUUGGGGGGGGUGGUGGGGGGUUUUGGGGUGGGGGGGUGGGUGGGUAGUUGGUGAGUUGGGGGUUGGUGUGUUGUUUGGUGGUGGGUGGGGGGUUUUUGUAGUGAUGUAUGCGGUGGGUUUGGUUGGGGGGGGGGGGGGGGGGGGGGUGUGGGAUAUGUUGGGGGGGUUGGGGGGGUGGUUGGGGGGUUUGUUGGGGGUUGUGGUGUUGGGGGGUUGUAGGUGGGGGGGUGGGGGGUUGUGGGGUUGGGGGGGUUGUGGGUUGGGUAUGGGGUGGUUGGGUGUGAGGUUUUGGGUGUUGGGUUUGGGGUAUGUGGUUUGGGUGUUUGGUGAAUGGGAGGUGGGGGGAGGGGGGGGGGGGUUGGUGGGGGUGGGGGGGGGGGUUGGGUGUGGUUGUUUUAGUAUAAGUGGUUGUGGGUGGUGGUUUUUAUUUUUUUGUGUGUUUUUUGUGGUUGUUGGGUGUGGGGGGUGGUUAGUGGGGGGUGUGUGGUGGGGGGGGGGUUUUGUGUGUGGGUUUGUGGGGUUGGGGGGAUUUGUGUGUUUUUUGGGUGUGGUGUUGGGUUGGUUUUUUGGUUUGGGGGGUGUUGUGUGGGGUUUUGUGUGGGGUUGUUUUGGUGUUGGGGUUUUGGUUGGUGGGGUUGGGGUGGUGGGGUUGUGUGUGAUUUUGGAAGAGGGGUUUUGUGGGUGUUUUGGGGGUGGGUGGGUGGGUUGGGUGGGGGGGGGGUGGUUUUUUUGUGGGGUGGAUGGUGGGGUUGUUUUAGGAGGGGGUGAUGAUAGGAUGUGUGGAGAUAUAUGGAUUUUGUGUUGGGGGGAUUGUGUUGGUGGGGUUGGUGUUUGGGGGUUGGUGGGGGGGGGUGUGGGGUUUGGGUGGUUUGGUGGGUUUGGGUGGGGGUUUGGUGGUUGUUGGUGUUGGGGGUGGUUGGUGGUUGUGGGGUUGGUGUGGAGAUGUAGGGGGGGGGUGUGGUGGUUGGUUUGGUUUUGGGUUUUGGGUGGGGGGGGGGGGGGGGGGGUUUGUGGUGUGGGGUGGUGGGUUGGGUGGGGGGGUGUUGGGUUUGGUUUGGGUGGUGGGGAUGGGGUUGUUGUGGGGGGUGUUUGGUUUUGUGGUUGGGUUGGUGGUGGGUGGGGGGUGGGUGUGGGGUGGGGGGGGUGGGGGGGGUGGGUGGUGGGGUUGGGGGUUGGUGGGUUGUGUGGUUUUGGUUGGGGUUGGGGGGGUGUUGUUGGGGUGGGGUGGUGGGGGGUGUGUGGUGGUGGGGUGGGUGGGUGGGGGGUGGUUUUUGGGGGGUGGGUGGGGGGGGUGGGUGUGUGUUGGGGGGGGUGUGGGUGUGUUGGGGGUGGGGGGUUUUGGUUUUGGGUUGGGUUGGGGGUGUUUGUAGGGGUGUUGGGUGUGGGUGGGUUGGGGGGGGGGGGGGUUGUGGUGGGGGGGGGGGGGUGUUGGGUUGGGGUGGGGUGGUGUUGUGGUUGGGGGUUGGUUUGGUGGUGGGGGGGGGGUGUUUUGGUGGUGGGGGGGGGGGGGGGGUGGUGUGUUGUGGUGUUUUGGUUUGGGGGGGGUUGGGUGUUGUUGUUGGUGGGGGUUGGUGUUGGGGUGUUUGGGUGGUGUUGUUGGGGGGGUGUGUUUUUUUUUUGGGGGUUGUGUGGUGGUUGGGGGUGGGGGGGGUGUGGGGGGGGGUUUGUUUUUGGGGGGGGGGGGGGGUGGGGUUGGUGGUUUGGUGGGGGGGGGGGGGGUGGGGUGGGUUGGGUGUUGUGGGGUUAUAUUGUGGGGGAUUUUGGGUGUUGGGUUGUUUUUUGUGUUGUUGUUAUGUUUGUGUGUUUUGUUGGUGGGGUUUGUGUGUGUGUGGUGGGUGGUAAUUUUUUUGUGUUGAUUUUUUGGGGUUUGGGUUUGUUGGGGGUUUGUGGGGUGGGGGGGGGGUGUUUUGGGGUGUAUGUGUGGAUGAGUGGGUUGGGGGGGUUGGGGGGGGGUGGGGGGGUGGUGGUUGGGGGGGGGGGUGGGUGUGGGUGGGGGGGGGGUGUGUGGGGGUGGUGUGUGGUGGGGGUGGGGGUGGGGGGGGUGGUGGUUGUUUGGGGGGUGGAGGGGUGUGUGGGGUGUGGGGGGAGGGUUGUGUGUGUUGGGGGGUGGGAUUUUUUGGGGGGGGUGGGGGGGGGGGGGGUGUGGGGGUGUAUGUGGGUUGGGGUGGUUGUGGUGGUGGUUGGGGGGUGGUUUGGUGUUGUUGUUUGUGUGGUGUGGGUGGGGGGGGGGGGGGUGGGGGGGUGGGUUGGUGGGGGGGUGUGGGGGGGGGGUGGGGGAGGGGUUGGUGUGGGGGGGGGGUGUGUGGGGGUGGGGGUGGGGGGGGGGGUGUGGGGUUGUUGGUGUGGGGGGGUGGUGGUGGGGGGGGGGGUUGUGGGGUGGGUGGUGGGGGGUGGGGUGGGGUUGGGUUUGGGGGGGGGGGGGGGGGGGGGGGGGGGGGGUGGGGUGUGGGGUGUGGGUUGGGGGGGUUUGUGGGGGGGGGGGGGGGGGGGGGGGGGGGUUGGGGUGGGGUUGGGGGGGGGUGUGUUGUGGGGGGGGGGGGGUUGUGGGUGUUGGGGGGGUUGUAGGGGUUGUUGUUGGGUUGGGGGUUGGGGUGGGGGUGUGGGGGGGGGGGUGAGGGGUGGUGGGGGGGUGGGGGGGUUGGGUUUGGGGUUGGGGGGUGUGGGUGAUUGGGUGGGGUUGGGUUGUUUGGGUUGUGUUAUGGGUUUGGGUGGUUGUUGGGGGGUUUGGUGGUGUUGGGGUUGUGGGAUGGGGGUUUGGGUGGGGUUGAUGUGUUGUGGUGGGGGGUUGGGGGGUUUUUGGGGUUUUGGGGUGUUGUUUGGGGGGGUGGGUGGUGGGGGGUUGGGUUUGGGUUGGGGGGGGGGGAUUUGGGUGGGUGGGUUUGUGUGGGUGGGGGGGGGGGGGGGGGGGGGGGGGGUGGUGGUGUAUUGGGGGGGGGGGGGGGUGUGGGGUGGGGGGGGGGUUGGUUGUGAUGGGUUUGGGUUGGGGGUGUGUGUGUGGGGGGGUGGGUGGGUGGUUGGGGGGGUGUUGGGUGGGGGGUUGGGGGGUUGGGGGGGGGGGUGGGGGGUUGGGGGUGGGGGUUGGUGGGGGUUGUGGGGGUGGGGUGGGGUGUUGUUUGUGGGGGUGGGGGGGGGUGUGGGGGGGUUGGUGGUGGGGGGGGUGUUGGGUGGGGUGUUGGGGUGGUGGGGGGUGGGUGUUGGGUGGGUGGGGUGGGGGUGGGUGGGGGUGUUGGGGUGGGGUGGUGGGGUUGGGUUUGGGUUGGGGGUGGGGGGGGGGUUUUGUGGUGGUGGGUGGGGGGUGUUGUUAGGUGUGGGUGGGGGAGGGGGUGGGUGUGGGGGGGGUUGGGGUGUGGGGGGGGUGUGUGGGGUUGGUGUUGGGUUGUUGUUGGGGGGGUUGUGGGUUGGGGGGUUGGGGGGUUGGGGUGGUUGGGGGGUGGGGGGGUGGGGGGGGUUUGGGGGGGGGUGGGGGGUGGUGGGUGGGUGGGGGGGUUGGUGUGUGUUGUUUUGUGGUGUUUGGGGGGGGGGUGGGGGUUUGGGUGGGGGUUUUUUUGGGUGGUGGGGGUUUGGGGGGGGGGGGUGGGGGGGGUGGUGGUUGGGGGUGGGGGGUUGGUGGGGGUUGUUGGGGGGGGGGGUGGGGGGGGUGGGGGGGGGUGUUUUGGUGGGGGUGGGUGGGGGGGUGGUGUUGUUGGGGGGGGGGGGGGUGUGGGGGGUGUGGGGGGGGUGUGUGGGUGGGGGUGGGGGUGGGGUGUUUGUUGGUGGUGGUGGUGGGGGGGGGGGGGGGGGUGGGGGGGGGGGGGGGGGUGGGGUGGGGGGGUGGUGUUGGGUGUGGGGGUGGGGGGGGGGUGGGGUUUUUUGUGGGGGGGGUGUGGGGGGGGGGGGUGGGGGUGGGGUUGGGUGGGUGGUGGUGGGGUGUGGGGGGUGGGGUGGGUGUGGUGGUGGGGGGGGGGGUGGGGGGUUGGUGGUGUGGGGGGGGGGGGGGGUGGGGGGUGGGUUGGGGGGGGGGGGGGUGUGGUGGGGGGUGUGUGGGGUGGGGGGGGGUGUGUGGUGGGGUGGGGUGAGGGUUUGGGGUGUGGGGGGGGUUUGGUUGGGUGUGUUGUUGGGUGGUUGGGGGGGGUGGGGGUGGUUGGUUUUUUGGGGGGGGUGGGGUGGUGUUAGGGUUUUGGUGUUGGGGUGGGGUUUGUGGUUUUGUUGGUUGGGGGUGAUGGUGGUGUUUUGUUGGGGGGGUGGUAGGGGGUGUGUGGGGGGGGGGUGGUGGUGGUUGGGGGUUGUUUGGGGGGGGGUGGGUGGUGUUGGUGGGUGUUUUGGUGGUGGUGUUUGUGGUUGGAGGGUAUGGUGUGUUGGUUGGGUGGUGUAA